UUGGCCUGUGACCUAAUGUACGCGAGUCACCCCGACACCAACACGUUAUUUAUCCACACACACAUAGUAACGUGUAAAUAUAUAUAUAUCACAUCGAAAUGUUACACUAAGUAGGUAUAUAGUCAUAUUGAAUAUCUAGUUGUGCGUACAGUGCGGGGCGGCACGGAUCAUCGAGCCACCAGUGUGCAAGGAUUGCACUCCCCGCCGCCGCCUCUUAUUAUUACUUCAGGGCAAGCGCUAGUCGGCGUUUGAGAUCCGUGCCGGUGCCUGUACGCCAGGCACGGGUGUGUGUAGUCAGCGACUACGGAGAUAUGUCAGGCUCCUACUACUUGGUGUAGGUCGGCGCCACUGUAAGUCUACUGUCUCGCAAACAUAUGUGCAGUCUACAGCGCUCUACAGGCAGACCUUGCACUAAUCUAGCUACCGCCAUGUUGAGGAUAGGAACAAUAUACAUAAUUAUGAUGGAAACAAUAAACAUAUGUAACAGGCACACGGGCUUGUCUGAGACGUCCCGGGCGCCGCGACGCCGAGUAGGUACCGCGCUUACGGGACCACACACUAUACUGGCACAAACAAUGGCGACGCUCUCAGGAAGACUGUGUGAAUACAUCUCCGCGUUGGCGUGGCUCCCAGGGAACAACAGCUCGCUACUUCAACUACAUGACAGUGAUGAGGUGUCUGUGUAGCUGCUAGCUGGGAACUGGCACCCUGACACGGUGUGCUCGAGUCUCGAGCUGUUGCUGGCCCAGCUCGCUCAUGCUCGGCUUUCGGAGGUAUAUUAGCUCUGCCGACAUUCCCUACACAUUGGCACACGCUCGCUGUCACUGCUCUCACUCCGCUACUGCUGGGAAGCUCAUGCGUCUCACUGGCAAGGACAUUAUAGAACACAAUUUAACAGGAACAUAAUAAUGUACCGAUCUCGAUUUACGAGAAGACAAUAUUUCAUCGCAAUGUAGAUAUAUCACAGACUAAUCGCAUUCAACAGGUGGAUGUUGAAUGUUUGUGCGGGUUUGUCACACCCAAGUAAACGCUCAUCAAAAAUAAACCUAUGUCUAACUGUGGCCUCCGGGCACACGACG